UGAAAAAAAAUACGCCAGUUCAUAACAAGUUUUUUUGUUUGGACUGUCAUAAAAAUACCAAAAUGGACAUUUUGCAGUAAAAUAAUGCUUCCACAAGAAAUUCCAAGUAAUUUGUUAAUAAUGCAACAAAAUUGUUUGUUAAAAAGUCUAAGAUAAAUAUGAAAUACCAAACAUGCAUCCUGGUUAGACGACUUUUGAGCAAAACCUUUGAUGUUCCAGUAAAAAAAUGUAAUCCUAUUAAACCACCAGUGUGCUCAAUAUUUCCAAGGCACUUCUCCAGCUCAUCAAUUCCGUUGCCAAAAUCUGCAACUCUUAUACAACAUGAUGAAGAUUCUACGGUGGUGCUCUUGGGAACCGUACAUUUUAGCAAACAGUCUGUGGAAGAUGUUUCCGAGAUAGUUAAAGUUCUGAACCCAAACGCAAUUCUCAUUGAAUUAUGCCGCCAACGGGUUUCCCUUCUAGAACUAGACGACAAGAAAUUUUUGGAAGACGCAAAGAACUUUGAUGCGCAGAAGUUAAAAGAAGCGGUAAAAGGGCAGAACUUUGUAUCUGGUAUGUUGCAUGCAAUGCUGUUGAAAACGUAUGCUGACAUUGCCAAAGAAUUGGGAGUCGCGCCUGGUGGGGAAUUCCGACGAGCUUAUCAUGAGAUGAAAAAGAUACCUGGAUGCAAAUUAUUUCUCGGUGAUCGGCCCAUACAAAUAACAAUAGCGCGAGCAUUCCAGUCUUUGAGUGUGUAUGAAUUGGGACAAGUCCUAUACCACCUCACUACAACAAAUCCUAAGCCCUUGGACAAGGAACAAUUAGAAAGAUACAAAGACAGAGACUUUGUUCAAGCACAAUUUGAAGAAAUAACUAAAGAUGUUCCAGCCUUUAAGAAAAUAUUUCACGUAUUUGUCGACGAACGUGACAAAUGUCUCGCUUACUCGCUACAGGAGUGUGUUCGUUCGGUUGAAAAGCCUCGAGUACUGGCAGUCGUUGGUAUGGGGCAUGUUGAUGGUAUCGUUAAAUACUACGGUAAGAUGAGACAAGAGGACAUUGUACCACUUCUAUUCAUUCCAGCCCGACCCUAUUACAUGGUUCUGCUGAGUAAAGGAUUGAAGUUAACUUUUUUUUUUUUACUCUUUUCCUUUUUCUAUAGACUAUUAUUUGGAUGACCAUAACUUUAUUUACAUCUACAAAUUAACCACUGUAUAAAUUGUAACUAAUAAAUUUGUUUAAGUCCG